AGAUAUUAUGUAGAAGAAGAAAUAAAGACGGAACGCUACAAUUACUUUGCUAACUGGAAGAUUUCAUUCAAGACCAAAUUAGACACCGAAUCUUGUCCGAGACCAUCUAUCUCUUUAUAAAAAAGAAACCCAUCGAGCACCAGACAUAACAAUUAACAGGGAAGAAAAUGGCGUCUUCGAUUCCCAUUUUGCCCUUAGCAUUUCUCUUAUUUGCAACAUUCUACCACCUUGGUGAGGCCAGCAAAUUCAUUGUGGGAGGAUCAUCUCCCGGAUGGAGGGUUCCAGAUCAAACCAACAACAAUCUCAAACAUUGGGCUGAGUCCCGUAGAUUCCGAGUCGGAGACAUUCUCGUGUUUCAGUACGAUAACAAGACCGAUUCGGUGUUAGAAGUGACGAAAGAAAACUACGAUAAAUGCAUCAUAGAAAAGCCAAUGAAUGAAUACAGAGCGGAACCCACCAUGGUGACACUUAAUGUCUCAGGUCCACACUACUUCAUCAGUGGAGCUCCCGGUAAUUGCCUUAAAGAUGAGAAGCUGAUCGUUGCGGUUCAGUCAACUGCACACCCUCCCGUCCCCGUGCCCGAGCAUAAGCCAGUACCCGGCGCUGCUCCACCAACUCCUUCAAAAUCACCUAGUUCCUGGACAGCUCCCGCACCAGCUCCGAGUACUGCCGUUGGGUUGGUUGCAGGAAGUGGCAUCUUCUGGGCCAUUGUUGCUAUCAUUGGGCUCGCUUGGGCUUAACGAUCUCUUUAAAAAUGGUUAUUCUUGAAGUUGAAACUAUUGUUAUGCAACCAAAUCUAUGUUUUAGAGAAUAAUGUCUGAGUUUAUGUCAUCUUUGACAUCUUCUAAUAUUUAUUUUGCAAUA